GCAGUGACUGUCCUGUGCUCUGCCUCUCCCUAGCUCCCACAGUGUCUGCGUCAUGAUGUCUCUCCAGAGUCCAAACAUACACCCAUAGUGUCCUGCUGAGAAGUCAUUCCAUUGGUCAGACAGAUACCACUUUUAUGUGGGCAUAAUGUGUAAAGAAUAAGGAGGAGCACAGAUGGGACAUCCCAACUCACAAGUCCUAUAUGAGAUGCUUCCAGCAUUACUCUCACAUCUCAGUUUUCCUCACCAAUAGUGCUGAAUCUGCUAGACAUGACAUCAUAUACUGACAAAGGAGAAAAGCAUGAACAAGGGCAGUUUCUCAGAUUUCAUUCCAUAACACUGUGGGUGAGCAAUGCAAAGCAGGCUGCCUCUUUCUACUGCAAUAAAAUGGGAUGUGAACCAUUGGCAUACAAGGGUCUAGAGACUGGUAGCAGGGAGCUGGUAACCCAUGUUGUGAAACAAGACAAGAUAAUAUUCCUCUUCGUUUCUGCUCUUACCCCUGGAAAUGAAGAAUUCGGAGCCCAUUUACAAAAGCAUGGGGAUGGUGUGAAAGACGUAGCAUUUGAAGUUAAAGACUGUGAUGGUCUUGUACAGAAAGCCAGAGACAGAGGAGCGACAAUAGUAAAGGAGCCCUGGAUUGAAGAAGACAAAUACGGAAGAGUGAAAUUUGCAGUGAUUCAAACGUAUGGAGACACAACUCACACACUGGUGGAAAAUCUGGACUACACUGGCAUUUUCUUACCUGGAUUUCAACCACCUCUGUUUAAGGAUCCCCUGCUGCCGAAGCUGCCUUGUUGUAAACUAAAUUUCAUUGAUCAUGUGGUGGGAAACCAGCCUGAUGAUGAAAUGGUGCCAGUUGUUGAUUGGUACCAGAAGAGCCUCUUGUUUCACCGUUUUUGGUCUGUGGAUGACAAACAACUUUACACAGAGUUCAGUGCCCUCCGUUCUAUCGUGGUCACCAACUACGAAGAGACCAUCAAGAUGCCCAUUAACGAGCCUGCUCCAGGGAAGAGGAAAUCCCAGAUACAGGAAUAUGUUGAAUAUUACGGUGGCCCGGGGGUUCAGCACAUUGCCCUGAACACUUCCGAUAUUAUCACUGCGAUUUCCAAUUUGAAAGAAAGGGGCAUGGAAUUCAUGUCUGUGCCGUCCUCCUAUUAUCAAACACUGAGGGAAAAUUUGGUGACAGCAAAAAUACAUGUUACAGAAAACAUUGACAAGCUGGAGGAGCUAAAAAUCUUGGUGGACUAUGAUGAGAAAGGAUAUUUGCUGCAGAUUUUUACUAAGCCAGUCCAGGACAGACCCACUUUAUUUCUUGAAGUCAUUCAACGUCAUAAUCAUCAGGGCUUUGGUGCUGGCAAUUUCAAGUCACUGUUCCAAGCCAUUGAACAGGAUCAGGAUGCACGAGGAAACCUCUCUGACCUUACUCCAAAUGGGGACCUGGAAUGUCUAUAGGAUGCACAGAUUUGACCAAGUAUAUAUCAAAUGCAAUCCAAGUACUGACAAAGUCCUAAAGUUACUACAUAAGAAAAACAAAAUAAAUACUUAAAUAUA